CUCACAACAAUUAACACCCAUCGCCAACCCACACACACACCCCAAUUUCCGACACCCCCCGUUAUUCUCUCUCUAGACCCUUCUCUUUCAACCAACCCCAACUCCCCCUACCUGCCUUUUUCUCUGCACAAUAUCCAGCUAGUAACAAUACAUACAUACAUAUAUAUAUAUAUAGAAUUAUAGAGAGAGAGAAAAGUGUCGGCAUCAACUUCAGAUCUAAUCCUUCUCUUCCGAUCUUCACUUCUGUUGCAGAUCAUCAUAAACGGGUUUGUGUGAAGAACAACUAGAACAAUGGCACCGACAACGCUUCGAAAGGCGAUUGGGGCGGUGAAGGAUCAAACAAGCAUAGGAAUAGCUAAGGUAGCUAGUAACAUAUCGCCCGAGCUAAAAGUUGCCAUAGUGAAAGCCACCAGUCAUGACGAUGAUCCCGCUAGCGAGAAGUACAUUAGGGAGAUUCUGCAGCUUACCUCUUCCUCGCGCGGCUACGUGAGCGCCUGUGUUCAUUCGGUGUCCAAACGGUUAAGUAAGACUCGCGAUUGGAUCGUUGCGUUAAAAUGUUUAGUACUUGUUCAUCGGUUGUUGAACGAUGGGGAUUCGAUUUUCCAGCAGGAGAUAAUGUAUGCGACUAGAAGAGGGACUCGGUUGCUUAACAUGUCGGAUUUUCGUGAUGAGGCGCACUCGAAUUCGUGGGAUCAUUCGGCUUUUGUGAGGAGUUACGGGUUUUAUUUGGACCAGAGGCUGGAUUUGAUCGCGUUCGAGAGGAAGCAGGGCGGUGCGGGCAGUGGAGAUCCGGAGAAAUCAGGGGAGGAUCGUUGGAGAUCACCGCAAAACCGCGGGUAUGAUCGCGAUUACGAGUUUCAUGAUGAACCUGGGUACGGAAAUAUGAGGAAAACGAGAUCUUACGGGGAUGUGAGAGAAGGGUCUAGCGGUUCGUCUCAAGAAAAGAAGGAUAUGACUCCGUUACGGGAUAUGAAACCGGAGAGAAUUUUCGGUAAAAUGGGGUAUUUACAGAGACUGUUGGAUCGCGUGUUGUCGUGUAGACCUACGGGUCUUGCGAGAAACAGCAGGAUGGUUUUGGUUGCCAUGUAUCCUGUUGUGCAAGAAAGUUUUAAACUUUACGCUGAUAUAUGCGAAGUUUUAGCUGUUUUGCUUGAUCGGUUUUUCGAAAUGGAACAUCAUGAUUGUGUGAAAGCGUAUGACGCGUAUGCUAGUGCUGCAAAACAGAUUGACGAGCUUAUAGGGUUCUAUAACUGGUGUAAGGAUAUGGGUAUUGCGAGAUCAUCCGAGUAUCCAGAAGUUCAGAAAAUAACCGGGAAAUUACUCGAAACGUUAGAGGAAUUCGUGAGAGAUAGAGCGAAAGCUAUGAAAAGCCCCGAGAAGAAAUUAGAGGUUGUGGAACCGGUUAAGGAAGAAGAGCCGGUUCCGGAUAUGAACGAAAUAAAGGCCUUGCCGGCACCGGAGACCGCUCCUCCACCACCGCCACCACCGGUAGUCGAGCCGCCACCUAAACCGCAAUACACCGGUGAUUUAGUGGAUUUGAGAGAGGAGUCGGUGACAGCUGAUGAUCAAGGAAAUAGAUUCGCGUUGGCGUUGUUCGCGGGUCCGGUAGCGAACAAGGGGAACGGGAACGGGAAUUGGGAAGCGUUUGGAUCGAACGCGGAAGUCACUUCCGCAUGGCAGAAUCCAGCCGCCGAAGCUGGAAAAGCCGAUUGGGAACUUGCAUUGGUGGAAACCGCCAGUAAUCUAGAGAAACAGAAGGCGGCAAUGGGUGGUGGGCUCGACCCGUUACUGUUAAACGGGAUGUACGACCAAGGAAUGGCGAGACAACACGUGAGCACCACUCAGUUAACUGGCGGAAGUGCUAGCAGCGUGGCACUACCUAGCAAGACGGCUACACCGGUUUUGGCACUCCCGGCACCUGACGGGUCAGUUCAACCCGUUGGCGGAGAUCCAUUUGCCGCCUCGUUAAGUGUCCCUCCACCGUCUUAUGUUCAAAUGGCGGAUAUGGAAAAGAAGCAGCAGUUGCUGGUUCAAGAACAGUUGGUUUGGCAACAGUAUGCUAGAGAUGGUAUGCAAGGUCAAGUUAGUUUGAGUAAAAUCAAUGGCGGUGGAUACGUUGCGCCGGGACAACCGCCCAUGAUCCCGUAUGGUGUUCCGCCUGUAAAUGGAUCCGGGUUCUAUUAUCCUACUUAUUGAUGAUGUGUAUUUGUUGUUUUGAUCAUAUGUUGUACCGUUCAUUUGGUUCCACUGUUGUUGCAUUUUUGUUGUUGUGUUAGAACAAAUGAGUAACUAACUAUUUGUAAGUAAAUUAAACUAUUUCUUUUGUGACACUUGGAGGUAAGCUUUAUUCUGUUU